AUGUCGAGCACUGAACUCGCAGCCUCAGGGAAGGGGAGACUGGGGCCAGGCACUCACUGGGAGCGUCUGGUGGACGCCGUUGCUGAGGUGGACGCCGUUGCUGAGGUGGAUGCUGUCGCCGAGGUGGAUGCCAUCGCUGGGAUGGAUGACGUUGCUGGGGUGGAUGACGUUGCUGGGGUGGAUGACGUUGCUGGGGUGGACGCUGUUGCUGGAGUGGAUGCCGUUGAUGGACGCAGGUGGAGGGGUGGAGGGGCGACGAUAGGCGGUGAAAGGUAG